AUGGCAGAAGCACAAUUAACAAAUCAAUUAACACGUAUUGAUUCAAUGACAAAUGUUGAAUUACGUGCCGAACUUAAACGACGUGGUUGUCCAACAUCGGGCAAUAAAAAAGAUCUUUUAGCUAAAUUACGUGUUGCUCUACAAAAAGAAUUUGAACAAGCUUCAUUAGAAGCUGCAUCAACAACAUCAACUGCUGAUUCAAUGAGUCUUGAUGGACGAAAUAAUAAUCUUUCUGGUAUACAACAAUCACCUAUUGCACAAUAUGAUAUUAAUAGAUCGUCAUUAAAUAAUUCAUCAAAUAAUUAUAUGACACCAGAUAGUGGAAGUCCAGUUGUAUAUUCUCAACAAAUACCAGGUGCAGAGGCACCAUUAACAUAUACUAAUUUACAACUUCAUGAUCAAGCAGCUGGACAAUAUGCACCUGUAUACAAUUUAUCAAUGCAUCAAAAUGCUCAUCAACCUUCCGCUCCUAUGAUUCCAGUACCUCAACAAUUAACAAUUGCACCAGCAGAAAUACAUCCAAUGUAUAAUCAAUCUCUUUUACAAAAUCAGCAACAUCAACAACAACAACAACACCAUCACCAACACGUGUCACCAAUGAAUACACGUCAACAAAGAAAAAGUGUUGAUGUUCCAGCAAACACAUCUAUUACUCCAACUGUUCUAACACCAUCACCGGAAAGAAAACCACGAACACGAAGUAAAAAAUCUUCAGUUGAUUCUCAAUCAAAUGAUAUUCAACAACCAAUAUCAUAUAAUCCACCUGUUGAGAAUCUUCCAAUUGAAAUCAUCAAUCCAACAGCUGAUCUACCAAUGAUCAACAUCGAACAACCUGUUGACAAUUCAUCAGCAAAUGUUAAUAAUGGCAACAACAAUAUAGAGGUGAACCCGUUUGUGAGUAAGAGUAAUGAGGAGGAACCGAAGGAUAUAGAAAAAGUAAGAGAAGAAAGAGGAGAUUCACGUUCACCAUCUGUAGACAGUAGUAGUGCCAAAUCCGAGUCUGUUAUUAAAGAAAUUCCGUUGUCCGGUGACCGACAUCGUUUGAGUCGAUCGAAAUCACCUAAAUCACGUUGGCAUCAUUCGCCAUCACCAGCAACGACUGAAGAAGAACAAAAAUCGGCUAUAACAAUUACAAAUGAUGACAAAGAUACAACUAAUGAACAAGUUGAAAAGUCAUCAACUGUAACUUUAUUUGCCGAAGAAAUGGGCGAUUUAACUGAAGAUGAAAAGAAACAAGAUCAAUCAUCUGUAAAGAAAACUCAAGAGACUACGAAAAAUGAAGAAGUAUCUUUAAUUAAUAAUCAACAAGCAGAAAAACCUGCACCUCAGCAACAACUUAAACCUAGCCGUUCUCAAACAUCAUCAUCAUCAUCAGCAGCAGCUUCAUUAAUGAAAGGUAUUAAUCGAUCUACAACAAGUAAUCGAAUGAAUUUAUCAUCUGAUAUUCUUAAAACACUUAUUCCUGAUAUAAGUUUAGCACCUGACUCUAGUGUAACUGAUGAACUUGAAGCAUCCACAAAUGAACAUGAUAAUAAUGAUGAUAAUGAACAAUCAUCAAAUCAAGCAAUGCUUGAAACAAGUGUCGGCAAUGGUUUUCUCUUAUCUGAUUCAAUGACUAUUGGCGAUUUAGCUGAUCAAAAACAACAACGUAAUCGAACUGUUGUUAUUGAUGUUGCUGUUGAUUCAUCAUCAUUAAAUGAUGAUCUUAUUAGGAAUGGUUCGGAUACUCGAAAGAAAACUCCAACAUCAGCACCAUUUGCUCGUGUUACUUCUUUCGAAUCGAAAACAUUACUUGAUGGAAAAACUAAUGCUUUAAUGAUGGAUGAACCAGUACGUGUUAAAGAUCCAACAGAAACACUCGAACCACCCAGUCGUAUUUUAUAUAUUCGUGGUCUCACACGCCCAUUUACACUUCCAUUAUUAAAAGAACUUCUCAGUCGUUUUGGUACAUUAGUUGAUGGAGAAUUUUGGCUUGAUAAAAUAAAAAGUCAAUGUUUUGUAACAUAUACUACUCUUGAAGAAGCACAAAAUGCUCGUGAAGGUCUUGAUGGUUGCCGAUGGCCAUCAACAAAUCCGAAAACAUUAUCUGUUCGAUUUGGUCGACAGAAUGAAUUUGAAUUUAGCAAAUCACAUGAUUUACCACCUGAUCAAAUGUCAAUUGAUGCAAUGGAUACAACAAAUAAUCGUCUUAUACAAGAAAAAUCAAAUAAUACUAAUAAUAAAACUUCGACAUCAUUACGACGAUCUGCAAGUCCAAAUAAUGAAACAAAAAUAAAUAAUAAAAAAAUUCGUCCAAGUGGUAAUAAUGAUGUACGAGAGUGGGAUUUACCUAAAUUUCAUCAAGAAAAAGAAAAAUCACCCACAGAACGUAAUGUUAUUGAAGAACCAACAGUAAAAAGUAAUGAACCACCCGCAAAAGGUCUUGAUGAUUAUUUUCGUAAAACAAAAGCAAAACCAGCUAUUUAUUGGCUACCAUUAACCGAAGAACAAAUUCUUGAACGAACUCGUCGACAUGAACAACGUACCGCUGAACGUGAUGAAGAACAGAGAAAACGUCAACUUGAUGAAACUGCUCGUGUAUCAAACAGCAAUAAAGAUUCUAAAUCUCGUUCAAAUAAUAAUGAUAAUACGUCAUCAAAUCGUUCUCAUCGUCGAUCACCAUCACCUAGAGAAAAACGAAAACGUGUAUCAUCAUCAAAUGUCUCAUCACCUCGACGAGAUACUAAACGACAUUAA